AUGGAUACGUUGAACAAGGGCCCUGAAUCAGAGAUAAGCAGAAAUGACGGAAAGGGUGACUCGAACAUAGAACCUAAAGUGUUUAGAAUGACUGUACAUUGGUUCGGUGCAAUAUCUAGCCCAGCCUGUGCUAAUAUGGCUUUGAGACAAGUCGUAAUAGACAGUCAGGGGCUUUGGGAUGAUGAGGUAAUGAAAUGUAUUAGUGAAUACUUCUAUGUUGAUGAUUGCUUGAAAUCUGUACCAACGUCAAAAGGAGCUAUUGAUAUGAUCAUGGAUUUAAAAGGUUUAUGCAAAAGGGGAAAAUUUAAUCUAAGAGACUGCAUCAGUAACAGCAUGGAUGUACUGGAAUCAAUUCCAGUAGAAGAUCGCAUACAUCAAAUGGACACAGGUCUAGAUAUACAGACAGGGUUCCACGUGAUGGAAUUUGGAGGAGCCUCAGACUGA